GUAACACCAGACAUUGGCACAAUCGUAGUCGUUGAAGAGCCAGGCAGACAUCAGUCUCGUUCGGCUCGUGCUAAAACUCACUUUAUAACCACUAAAUCUACCAUCACCGAAUGUCUCCUUAGUCAAGAUGGUCCAUAACACAUCUAAUUCCAUACCAAAUUGGUCCAGCAGUAAAGAUAAAGAUGUUACAUCGGAUGGUGUCAAGAAAAAACAUGUUGAGGAAGAACCAAGAAAGUUGCUGGAUUUCGAGGAUAUGUUGCCUCAUAUAGGAGAGUUCGGGUUGUAUCAGAAGGCUUUGUUUUCUUUGAUGUUUUUGGCGUCUUUUUAUUUGGUUUUUGUGUAUUUUACGCAAAUUUUUAUUACGGUUGUGCCGGAAAGACAUUGGUGCAAGGUGCCUGAGUUGGAGCAAUUGACCCAAGACCAGAGAUUAAAUAUAGCAAUUCCCAAGGUUGUUGCUCAUGAUCACGAUAAAAGUUUUACACAUUCGCAAUGUACGAGAUACAAUGUGAAUUUUACGAAAUUAAUUUUGGAGAAUAAUCUACCUCCAUAUCCUGAUCCUAAUUGGCCAGUGAUCAACUGUGAUCAUGGUUGGGAAUUUGAUUACUCGGAAAUUCCUUAUAUGUCCAUCACAGCUGAGUUGGAAUGGGUUUGUGAAAAAGCAGCCUUGCCAUCAGUGGCCCAAUCAGUAUUUUUCUGUGGUGCCAUCCUGGGUGGCCUGGUAUUUGGAUGGGUUGCUGAUAGAUAUGGACGAAUUCCGGCCCUGACUGGAACCAAUGUAGUGGGUUUUGCUGCAGGAGUUGGAACUGCUUUUGUCACCAACUUUUGGCAAUUUUCAUUAUGCAGAUUCCUCGUUGGAAUGGCUUUUGAUAACUGCUUUACUAUGAUGUACAUACUUGUUUUGGAGUACGUUGGUCCUUCAUGGAGAACCUUUGUAGCAAAUAUGUCAAUUGCCAUAUUUUUCACAUUUGGAGCAUGUGUUUUGCCCUGGAUGGCCUAUUUUAUCAACAAUUGGAGAUUAUUGGCAAUAGCAACAUCAGUUCCAAUGCUUCUGGUCAUUUUGGCACCAUUUACUGUCCCGGAAUCAGCUAGGUGGUUGGUAUCACAAGGAAAAAUCAACAAGGCUAUAGAAAUCAUGAGGAAAUUUGAGAAAAUCAAUGGACGUAAAGUUGAUGAACAAAUAUAUAAAGAAUUCAAUUAUAGCUGUGAGCAAUUGAAAAAGAACGAAGCCAACACAAAGCCUUCAUCCAUCAUAGAUUUAUUUAAAACUCCAAGACUUCGUCUGAUCACCAUCCUCCUGAUUACAAUAUAUAUGUGCAUAGCCCUGGUUUUUGAUGGUCAUGUCAGGAAUGUUGGUUCCUUAGGUCUAGACUUUUUUGUAACAUUUACAGUAGCUUCUGCUACCGAAAUGCCAGCUGCUAUUUUUGUUACUCUUCUGCUGGAUAGAUGGGGAAGACGAUGGUUGGCAUUUGGUUCCUUGAUUUUGAGCGGAGUUUUCAGUUUGGCUGCUACUGCUGUUCCACCAGGUAUUUACUUUGCAACUUUUGCUCUAAUUGGUCGAUUAUGGAUCAACAUUGCAUAUAAUAUUGGUAUGCAAUACGCUGCAGAACUUCUUCCUACUGUCAUCAGAGCCCAAGGAGUUUCUUUCAUUCACAUCAUGGGAUACGUUGCUACCAUUAUAGCACCGUUUGUAGUUUACUUGGCUACAGUAUCACCAGCUCUUCCCAUGUUGAUCCUGGGUGCUGUUGGUAUAUUUGGUGGUGUUCUUUGUUUGUUCUUGCCUGAAACUUUGCACCAAGAUUUGCCUCAAACUUUGCAAGACGGUGAGGAGUUUGGAAAGAAUCAGGACUUUUGGACAUUCCCUUGUUUCUCUAAGCCUAAAAACGACUUAACCGAUAUUCCAUUCGAAAGGAGAAGACUUUCCGUCAUUAGUAAUCCUGCAGAAUUGCGAUCCAGCAUGAUCCGUAGAUCAGUCAGAUCUAUGAGUUGUACCCCAGCCAAAAUUUUCCCUGUGGACGAAGAAAAAAUGACAGAAAAAGUUGGCAAAGAUAAUCCUACGUUUACUGAAGAGUAAUCUAUAAAUUAUUGAUAGAUUAAUCAAGAUUCAAGAGGAUGCUGAGGAGUCCCUUGUUUUGUUAUCAGAGAUCUGUUGAGAUCUGAGUGAAAUAGUUACCUUUGUAUUUUUAUAAAGGUAAAUUUGUAAAUAUUU